AUGAAUGAAACCCAACAAAAACGUAUCACUUCUGUCACGACAGUGCCUGGAUGUGUACCUUGUGCAAAGAUGUCAAAUGGAUUGCCGUUUGUCUUGCUCUUCCUGUGUCCUGUGGUGGUGUCAGGAGCUUGGUUUCCCAAAAGUUUACCUUGUGAUGUCAAAGCCUCUAAAGGUACUGUGAUAGUGGACUGCACCGAUCGGCGUCUCACAGAAGUCCCCAGAGGGAUCCCUGAAGAUGCUACCAACCUUACCCUGAGUAUUAACCAUAUCCCCCAUAUUUAUCCAACGUCUUUUGCUCGUCUUGUAAAACUUGUGGAGAUUGACUUCAGAUGCAACUGUGUGCCUGUCAGAAUGGGGCCCAAAGAUAACGUGUGCAACAACAUACUAAAGAUUGAGAAGGGCAGCUUUGCUUCCUUGACCAGGCUGAAGUCAUUGUAUUUGGAUGCAAACCAGUUGCUGGAAAUACCCCGGGGCCUACCUACUACUUUAAGUCUACUGAGCCUGGAAGCCAACACUAUCUUUUCUAUCCAGAAAGCCAAUUUCUCAGAGCUAACAAACUUGGAAGUAUUGUACCUGGGACAGAACUGCUACUACCGUAAUCCAUGCAAUGUUUCAUUUGAAAUUGAAAAAACAGCCUUUCUGGAGCUGAAAAAAUUAACAAUUCUAUCCCUGAAGUCUAACAACCUAACUCAUAUUCCACCCAAUUUAUCCUCUACUUUAAAGGAAUUGUAUAUUUACAAUAACAGGAUUCAGGUGAUUCAAGAACAUGAUUUAAGUGCCCUUUACAACCUAGAAAUUCUUGAUCUAAGUGGUAAUUGCCCACGUUGCUAUAAUGCCCCAUAUCCUUGUGUUCCUUGCCCCAAGAGCACUAUUGAGAUACAUUCAAAGGCUUUUUAUUCAUUGAAAAACUUAAGAACUUUGCGACUUCACAGUAACUCUCUUCAGAGCAUACCAAGCAGCUGGUUUGAAACUACCAGGAGUCUCAAAACCCUUGACCUCUCCCAAAACUUCCUCUUAAAGGAGAUUGGAGAUGCUCAGUUUUUGAAGUUUAUUCCCAGCCUUGUAGAUCUUGAUCUCUCCUUUAAUUUUGAAGUGAAGAUGUAUUCUCCAUCCUUGAAUCUGUCUAAGACAUUUUCUUUCCUCACUAGUCUGGAAACUCUGAGGCUCAGAGGUUAUGUCUUCAAAGAACUGAGAGAAGGAAAUCUGGAUCCAUUGCUCAGUCUUAGAAAUCUAACAGUGUUGGAUCUUGGGACUAAUUUUAUUAAAGUUGCUGACCUAAGAGUGUUCAGGAAAUUUCCAUCUCUUAAACUCAUAGACCUCUCAGUGAAUAAAAUUUCUCCUUCUUCAGGUGAAAGCAACUUUUAUGGAUUUUGUUCUAAUCCUAGUAUUUCAGUAGAGCAGUCCAACAGGCAACUAUUACAAGAGAUGCAUUAUUUCACCUAUGAUGGGUAUGGGCGAAGCUGCAGGUCCAAAGACAAAGAGGCUGCUUCCUACCAAUCUCCGGUUAAGGAAGACUGCCUGAAAUAUGGAAAGACUCUGGAUUUGAGCAGAAACAACAUAUUCUUUAUUAACCCCUUAGACUUCCGUAAUCUUAGUUCUGUCAGGUGUCUCAACUUGUCAGAUAAUGCAAUAAGCCAAACUUUAAAUGGAAGUGAAUUUUCCUACCUGUCCGGCUUGAAAUACCUGGAUUUUUCUAACAACAGGGUUGAUUUGCUCUACUCAACUGCUUUCCAAGAGCUAAAACUUUUAGAAAUUCUAGACCUGAGCUAUAACAAGCAUUAUUUUCUAGCAGAAGGUGUUACUCAUGUGCUCAGUUUUAUGAAAAACUUGUCCCAUCUGAAGAAGCUGAUGAUGAAUGAGAAUGCUAUUUCUACUUCUUCUAGCACUGUCAUGGAAAGUCAGUCUCUUCAAAUUUUAGAAUUCAGAGGAAAUCGUUUAGAUGUUUUAUGGAAGGAUGGGAAUGCUAUAUACUUGUCAUUCUUCAAGAAUCUGACCAGCCUGGAACACCUGGAUAUCUCCUUCAACUCACUUAGUUUUUUACCUCAUGGAGUUUUUGAAUCUCUGCCUCCAGAACUCAGGAUCCUCAACCUCACCAACAACCAGAUGAAGAGUUUCAACUGGGGAAACCUCCAGUAUCUAAAGAAAUUAGAAACUCUGGACCUCAGCAAUAACCUUCUGGCUACUGUUCCCCGGGAACUCUCCAAUUGUUCUGCAACACUCCAGAACCUGAUGCUCAGAAACAAUCGCAUUCAACAUCUAACCAAACGUUUCCUCAGAGGGGCUUUUAAAUUGAGACACUUGGAUCUCAGCUCAAACAAGAUCCAAGUAAUUAAGAAAUCUAGCUUCCCUGAAAAUGUCAUUAGCAACCUCAGGAUGCUUCUUUUGCACAACAAUCCUUUCAAGUGCAACUGUGAUGCCGUGUGGUUUGUUUGGUGGAUCAACCAGACUAAAGUGACUAUUCCUCUUCUGGCCACAGAUGUGAUCUGUGCUGGCCCAGGGGCACAUAAAGGAAAGAGCCUUGUUUUGUUGGAUCUGUAUACCUGUGAGCUAGACACGUCAUAUUUGAUCAUGUAUGCUCUGUCAGCUUCUACUGUCCUAGGCAUUAUGGUACUCGCAGUGACAAGCCAUCUUUAUUUCUGGGAUGUGUGGUAUAGUUACCAUUACUGCGCUGCCAAGUUGAAAGGCUAUCAGCGUUUCUCUUCACCAGAUGCUUGCUAUGAUGCUUUUGUUGCCUACGACAAUGAAGACCCGGCUGUGAGUGAGUGGGUGAUGACAGAACUGGUUGAAAGGCUGGAAGAUGAAAAACUCAGACAGUUCAAUUUAUGCCUGGAAGAAAGGGACUGGCUCCCAGGACAGCCAGUCUUUGACAACCUCUCCCAGAGCAUUCAGCUGAGCAAAAAGACCAUAUUUGUGCUGACCAACAAGUAUAUUAAAAGUGGCAGCUUCAAGACAACAUUUUACAUGGCCCACCAGCGGCUUCUAGAUGAGAAAAUGGAUGUCAUUAUCUUGAUAUUUCUUGAGAAAGUUUUGCAGAAGUCCCGGUAUGUCCGGCUGAGGAAGAGGCUGUGCAGAAGUUCUGUGCUGGAAUGGCCAACUAACCCUCGAUCUCAGCCCUACUUCUGGCAGUGCCUGAAAAACGCAAUAGCUACGAGCAAUACUCUGGCUUACAAUAAGCUACUCCAAGAAACUGUUUAG